AUGAACACUUUCAUGUUAUACUUUCAUCUAUCUGUAAGAUAUGCGUCGGAUUUUAUCGAGCAAGCCGGUAAUAUACAAAAAGAACUACAGAAUGUUGAACGUUCGAGUGCUCAGUGUUUAACGUGUGUGGAUUCAGAGACAAGUGAAGAAUUUCAAAUAUUUAUGCAAUUAAAACAAAAUGAAUUGGAUAAUGUCUAUAAUUUGCUUCACAGGAAAUUGAAUAAUCACUAUGAUGCAAAUUCAAUACAAUUUGAUAUUUGUUUAGAACAAUUAAUGAAUAUUGAUGAAAGAUUAUCAACUAUACACAGUAUAAUGAUGACUCCUGUAAAUAUUGAUUUUACUAAUCAUGAUGAUGAUGGUGAUUCAAAGAAUAAUGUCAUUUCACUAAUCAAUAAUCAUGAUGUUAUCACUUCAGAAAUUUAUCAACUUCGAGAAGAAGCUUUCACUUUAAUUGCUAAUUUCCCUACAUCAUUCCUACUACAAUCAUCAUCAUCAUCAUCACCAUCAUCAGCUUCGAGAUCGUCAUCACUGUCGCCGAUUUUCACGGGAAAGAUUCAUCUCUAUGCUAAAUUAAUAAGUCAAUUGAAAUGGAAAUUUCGACAGUUGAAUGAUUUAGAUUUUUAUGAUCGAAAUCUGCAAUCGAUGAAUCAUUUAUUAUCGCUAUCAUGUGAAUCACCAUUGAUGAGUAUCUACAUUGGAGAUAACUUGAGUUACAACUUGAAUAGCAGUCUUACAUCUAGACGACGUGAAUUCUUAUCACGAUAUUAUAUACUGAGUAAAGAAUUUUUUGAUAAAAUCAAUUAUGUUAAAUUUCAGUUGGAUAACUGCAUUACAGAUAAUAUAUCUACUUAUCCGUCUGACUCGAUUGGUAUUCACAAUAAUAAUGAUAGUGUUGGGGAUUCACAUUCACCACCGUAUUCUGGUGUCCGACAUGCUAUGCUUGCUUUGAAACACUGUUUGGAAUCACGUUAUGAACAACUUAAAAAGAUUGAAUCGUCUAUGGAAAAGAUUGAAUUCAAUUCAAUUUUGUCAAUUGGGAAAGUACUACAACUGGUGCUUACAAGUGGGGAAUCAAAACAAGCAAUAAAUAGUGAAUUAUCUAAUAUUUACAAUCGUAUUGUUACUAAUAUGAUUUAUUGUGAACGAGAAAUCAAUGGAAUUGCCUAUUUACUCCGACGAAUUAAUCAACUUUUACAUGAAUAUAACUUUUUCUAUAAUAAAUUGGUCAUUUCAUCUUCUUCGAUAUGGAAACAGUUUUACUCAGAGAAACAAUUGGAGGAUUAUUAUGGAAUGUUGAAUACUUUCCUUCUCUGGAUCGAUCAUGUCAAGGAAGAAUUUUAUGAGAUCACAAAAACUGAAGAUCGUGAUGACGAUGAUGAUGUGAACACGUUCGUCGAUGUUUAUUGCAUUACACAAAUGCAGAUAUGCAUGAAACCUUUAUGUGAAUCACUUGUGAUCAAUUUGAAACACGUUCAGAUUGAUCUGUUCAAUCAUUUGAACAACUUAAAGAAACUUAUGCAUUUAUUCAAACAAUUUGAAGUCUCUGAACUAUACUUCAACAACUCCAGACAUUCCCGUAGUCAUCGUCGUAGUCAAAGCGUCUGCACUGUAACUCGGGACUACAACUGCUCAUCCUUGAAGACAACAGUUCGAAGACGAUGUAAUUCACUCUGCAUAGAUAACCAUCCAGCAAAUCCAAUCAGUUUAUUACAUUUGACAUAUUCAAUUACAGAUUCUUUAAUGUUCUGUAGAAAUGGAAAUAAGCAAAAAGAUCAAAAUGAUAACUCAUCAUUGGAUGGUGUUCAUGUUUCUACUAGCUAUUCAGGUGAGCAGUUGACCUCUGUAUAUCGUGGCGCUACUUCACCAUCACUGUCGUCGUCGUCCUCAUCUGCUACACUAUGUCAUUCAGGAAACAAUCAAUACAUUUCAGAUUGUGAAGAUGUAUUAGGCGAAAUGAUCAAGUCAACGACAGUAUCAACAAGCACUUGUCCAAUGAACAGUUUAGUUUGUAAAAAUGCUACGCGUAACACUGAUGAUGUCGGUGACGAAAUAAACGACCAAACGGAUAGACAUCAAAGAUUCAUAAAUAAUUUCUCCAGCUUUCUUGAUGAGUAUCACGGAUCUGUUAUGGAGAAUAAAACUGGCGGAAAUAUUGAUGAAGAGCUUCCGCUUUGUAAUACUGAUUUGAAUUCUACCUCACAGAGAUUAUCCACUGUUCCACUAUAUCUGAACAGAUUUCAUGAAAAUGCUUUAUUACAUGAAUCAGUGACAAAAUCAUACAAAAAAAUACUCGGUGUUGUAAAGAGAUGUCAACUUGGCCUAGUCAAACUUAAAAGCGAUCAUGAGGAAAAUCAUCAUCAUCACCACCACCACCAUGCCAACAGUAACAACAACGAAAGCCAUGACGCCGACAUCAAUUCCCCUGAUAAAGAAUACAUACCGUUACAAGCUGUUGAUCAUAAUACUCUUAAUGACACUUCAUUGCAUACCUCACCUUUAAUAACACAAAUCAAUGUUAUUUUAAAACAUUUAACUGUAUAUAAUGAAAGUCUGCCGAUUGAAAAUGAUGAUGAAAUAAUGUUUAUUGAACAGAAGUUAACCAACCUGUGGAUUGAUUUCAGUGACCUUGUCAAUGAAAUGGUCAAUAGGGAUUGGGAAGAAUCCAGUGGAAGUGAUGUAUUACCAGUUGUUAUAAAAGGGAUACUAAAUAGGAAUAUUUCAAUUGUACAAUUCACUAAUAAUACUUCGACGACUUCAUUCGAUCAACUGAUCACUCUAAUAAGUGAAAUUGAUUCAAGUAUAAAAGAAAUCAAUGAAUUUUUAUUGAAAUUAUCCACUACAGAAGAAGAAGAGAAGAUUCUAUCACCCGCUGUUUGGUUGACAUCAAUUAAAACAAGAGAAUUAUUGAAAAUUGAAACAAUUUACUUACGCAUAUUAAUACUUAUUUUUAAUGCUGCGCAUACAUCAUUAUUACUGGUUUAUGAUGUUAUGUUGUGUAAUUCUGGUGAAACAGAAAAGAAGAAGAAAAUGAUGAAGCAGGAGCGGAUCCAGACGAAUUCAUGUUUAUCUUCACAAGGCGGUGGUCAAGAGAUGCUUCUAUUGAAUCAAUUGAAUUAUUUAAAGUAUAUAUUAAAUCAAUUCAAUGUGUCCAAUGAAUUUAUCAGAACAGAUCAAAACAACAACAACUACUACUGUUAUUCCUCUUAUCAUCAAACAUUACAAUGCAUAACAGAGUUUCUUCUCUACAAAGACUCGUCUUUCAAUCUAUCUAGUCUAAUUACAUCAUUAAACAACUUUUUGAAUCAAAGACAUACUUGUCUACUGAAGAUGACAACUGAUGAAAUGCGAAACACAUCAAACAAUGAUAAUAAUUCUUCAUUGAUGAUGAUGAUGAAUACAUCUAUAUCCAUGAGGAAUAUGCCAGUUAACAAGUCAGUGUUGGACAGAUCACCUGACACCACAUCAUCAUGUCAUAAUCUACAAAUAUUUGAACACCUAUUGAAUACAGCUGAUAAAAUUAUUCAAAUGCCAAUCUUAACUAUGCAUGAAUUAAAAAAUAGAUAUACUGAAUAUAUGGAGUUAUUUAGUUGUAUUCACUGGAACUGCUGUCGCACAAGCUUAUUCCUCCUCUUAGGAAAAUCAAAUACUACUGCCAAACACUUUGGAUUAGGCAUCAGUGAUGAUCAUCCUGUGGAUCAAGGCGAAUGUAAACGAAACGAUCAAGAACAGUGCACACUAGAUCUUAUCAAUCAUGGCGUAGAUUUAAAUCACAAACUGAUGAGAUGGUAUGGUAACGCUUAUUGUCUAUUAGAUCAAUGGAAACGUUUAACUGAUCAAGUGGAUUGGUUUAAUGUCCGUAUACAAAGUUUAUGGAGUCGACUGCCUGAACCGCCAAUUUCAAAAGUACCUCAAAUAAAACUAGAGGAAUUCUCCAAUACUACUCCUACGACUACAAAUCAAGUGGUAUUCCUAUCCCCAAUUCAAGUAUCCUACAAUAUUUUAUCUUCAAUCAAUUCUCUAGAUGCAUUAUUAAUUCAUAAAAAUUGGAUUGAAAAUAUAUUGAAAUCAUUUCAAGGUCUAAUUCCAAUAUGUGACACUAUUCUACUUGAAGGUCGUCGUUUGACCUUUGAAUUACUUCAUUUAAACAAAUCGAUGAACAACAUUGAACAAGGAGAGAUUAUCGUGAAUCACAUAUAUGAAAACUUUUAUAAUAAUAAUAAUAAUGGUGAUAUUCAUAAAAUUUGGUGGAAUAAAGAAUUUGAAACUCUAUGGUAUUUAAUAAUUGAUUGGAUAUCUCAGUUGGUCAUUGAAUUCAACAGACAAAUAAUCCGCGUUCAAUCAUUGAAUAAUUAUAUGAACAUGUUAGAAUCAUGGAUUACAACGAAAGUGGAUAAAUUAAAUUUUAGUAUAAAGCAUUAUAAAAGACAAUUUAAGCAUAAUUCAAAUAAUUUAUAUCGAUUAAUGAAUGCUUUCAAUGAAAUUGAUAAGAUUAUUAGUGAACUGUACAUCAGUAAAGAGGCUGCCUAUAUAAAUCGUGUUAAAUGUCUCUUAAGUGAUGACAUUGGUCGGAAAGAUUUUCAUCGUCAACAGCAUCUGUUUUAUUCACACCUCAAAGAAUCAGCAAAAUCAUUAGUUCAUGUAUAUGACAGUUGUAUUUCACAGUAUGAAAAGUUAUUACACCGACAUCAAGAUGGUAUAUUAGGCCAUCUUUCCCACUUAUUGUCGGCGAUCAAUGAAGAAGCAUAUUCAUCAUCAACAAGUGGUUUAAAAGUCUUGAAGUUAUUUCAAAAUUGGUUCCAGUUGACUUCAGACAUUUCCCAUCAUCACCACCAUCAUAACAGAGAGCUACACGAUGAUGCAAUGGAUGAGGAUGGAGAAGAAAUCAGCUAUAUAUUAUUCUACGCAACUGUUGGUGAUGUCUGUCGUCGACUAGAGGCUCGUAUGCCUAUUCUAUCAGCUGUUUACAGCUUAGAACAGCAUUGUUUAACCAAGCAUAAUACUACCACUAAGUCAACAGACUAUUAUUCUUAUCAUCAUCAUCAACGGUUAAUUCAAUGGAAAAAUAAUCUCGGCAUGAUGAAAAAGAUUCAUGUUAACUUGGCGAAUGAUUUAUUUGAAUAUCGACAAUUACGCCGAUGUUAUCAUCAAUUGACAAUUGAAAUUCAGAUGUCCGCCAAUAGAGAAUAUUCAAAGCUAGAGGUUUAUACAAAUGUUGAAAAGUGCUUCUUUAGUAAAUAUAUUGUUGAUGCUUUAUUGAAUGUAAAAAUGCGCAAUGCUGGUGCCCAACAGAAUAAUCUUAACUCACGUCUAGGCAUUUUAAUAAACAAGAUUGAAGAGUUCAAUACAUCGACAAAAUUAACUCAACAAAAUGCAGUUCAGCUAAUUUCUCUUGUCUAUGGAAUAUCUGAAGGUGGUGACAUUUCAUCGAAAUUGAUCUUAUCCAACAAUGAUGAUGAUGAUGAACAUUCCAGAUGUAAAAUGUUAGAAGUUUUGUUACAUUUGAAGGAUGAACUUCAACAAUCUAAGACAUUGAAUGGAAAUGAAUAUUGUCAAUUAUUAUUGUCAAAUAGAAAGUGUUCAGCAACAGUAUUAUCUUCUCAGAUGGGCAGAUUUCAUCAGCUCCUAUGUCAAUUAUUACAUGUAUAUGGAUCGAUCAUCUUUAUGAUACAAUCUGCUGAAAAGUUUGAUUUCUCUACAAUACUAUCUAGCAGUAAUAAUAGUCAAGCCUAUUUCAAUCAUACCGCUUUAUGUUACAUGUUCAAUAUGAUGUAUGAUAUUGAACAAUUCAAGGAAUAUUGGUCGAAUAGUGUGAAUCAUCAGGAGAACAAUGAUGAUGAUGGCGCCAAUCAGUCUAAUCAUCAAAUGUACAAUGAUGUUAAUGAUUUACACAAUGAGAUGUUUUCUAAUCAAUCAAUAUUUAAUCAAUUUAUAAAUUGUGGUCGUACAAUUUUGAAUUUAUUUAAACAAGGAGAAGAAGAAAAAGAAGAAUGUUUUGUUUGUGAAUAUAUUCAGAAUUCUGUACGAAUAUUAUUGAAUGAACUUACGACAAUGCGCCUUGAUGUAACAAAUAAGUUAGACGAACUGCAUAGACGUCUUUAUAAUCAUAUCAAUUAUUUAUGGAGAGCACAGAUACACUCUACAGGCAUAAUGCAUCAAUUACAAUAUUCAAAAGAUAGAUGUAGACAAAUUGUCAUGGACCUCAUAAACAAUGAUGACGACGAGGUAUGCAUUACUUCAGAAAUGACCAGCACUACGUUCAGUGAAUCUCAUCAAGAUUCUGUGCCAUCAACUUUAUCAUUAUUCAACCUUGCUAGAUUUGCAUAUCAACACAGUUUAUUGUCAAGUUUGAAAGACGUUAACCAAUCAAAUUUAUCUGAACAUCACAAGACGACAAACUUCUCAUUGAAUAGUGAGAUUUCAAAUUUUAUCAAAUUAAUUGAAAUAUGUUUGUGUCGUAUAAAACAUCAACGUAUCUACUGUCUAAAAUCAAUACAACAAUUGUUAUCAAGUGAUUUGUACUCACCCAUAUUAGAUAUAUUAUCCACUGUAUCAGAAAAUCAGAGAGAAUUGACGAAUUUCUCCUUUAAAUGGAUCAAUACCGGAAAUCUAAUGAACAGAAUUAACCAUGCCAUUGAGGUUAUGAUAAUACAUACUAAGCAUAAUAUUCUAUCUAAUAUGUUCAAUUUUCAAUUGGAUAAUAUUGACAAUUUAACUAAUGUCAAUGAUAAAGGUAUAAUUUACUCUAGAGAUUGUUUAAAUGCAUAUCUUCAGCAGCGGUUUAUUCAAUUUGAACAAAAUAUAGCCAGUGCUCUGAAUAGUUUAACAGAAAAUAAUCAAUUAAAAGUAUUCGAAUUGGAUGAUAUUAUCAACAAGUAUAUUGAUGUAAAUUCAUGGGAUAUUGAAUAUCAUCAGCAUCUUCAACCACUAUUCAAUUCUCUUUGCAUAUUGGAAUAUUCAACUAGAACUCAUCACAACAGCACUCCUUAUUAUUCAUCUACAACAACAACAACCGCUGUAAUCAAAGAUUGGCUUAUUCUUGGUAUCUCUUUACGUCAACUGAAAGGUUUACUACACGUGUUAAUCAGCAAUUGGAUGUGUUUUGUGUCAUUAUACAAUAAUGUGAACAAUUUUGUUAGUAAUUUAGAAUUAAUAGAUUCUGCAAAGCAGGUAUAUCAUCUGGAAUAUUCAUCUACACUUAAAGAUAUUCAUCAAUCUCCAAUAGAAUCCAUUUAUCAAACAUUAGAAAGUGAAUUAAAACGUCAACAAGCUUCAGUGAGCAGUUUAUUGCUUCUCGACACAAAUAACAACGACGAUGACCAUGGUUGUAGGGAUGAGAAUCAAGUGAAUGCUGUAAUGGAUUCUAUUCAUGAUGUUGACGUGAAUACUGAGAAUCUCUCAGAUAAUAAUGUCUUAACUGAUAUAACUAUGCUAUCAGACUAUCAACUACAUUGUACUAUAUGUCAUAAAAAUCCAUUUAAACAGAAAUUAUUCUACAGUAAUGCUGUAUUAAAUCAAUUAAUGAAACGCCUUAAAGACAGUUUGCUUAAACACAACCAUAAUGUAUUGAUUUAUAAACAAUAUGAAAAUUGUUUAAAUAACCUAAUGCAUCGUAUACAAUGUAUUUCAAUGUGGGCAAUUCAAUUUAAACAAGAGGUGGUCAUUCAAUGUUCAAUGGAAGAAAUUCACCUCAAUCAAGAACUCUUAAUCAAUCAAUUAAAUAAAGUUGAAGCCUUGCUGAAAUCUACUCAUGAAGAAUAUGAAAGUAUGAUGUCACAUCAUAUUGAAAAUGAGCCUCCCUUAAGAUGGCAUAAUAAUCAAUUCUUACAACUAGAAUUCUUGAAUGUACUACUGAAUUAUUUAAAAGUAUACAUUAAACAAAUUUGUCAAGAAAAUAAACAAUUAGACGAUGAAGAAGGAAACAUUUUUAUGCUAAUCAUGACAAAUAUUAAGAAUUUAAUUGAACAAAUAAAGCGCUUUAAAACCGUUAUGACCAAAGAUCAUGAGUCAUGGAAAUAUUCGAAUAUUGUUCAAUAUGAAUUUAAUCGGAAUCAGGUUCAACUUCAAUUUAAACACAUCAUAUGUGUUUACAAUCAACUUGUGGAAUUCUGUGAAUGCAACUGGUACAAGAAGAAGAAUAUUCACAUUGGGAAUAAGGAGAAAAUUUCAAUCCUACGUCAACUUCAGCAUUUAUUCACUUCACUAAAACAAAUGCAGGAAUGUAUUCAACACGAUUAUGUAAAUGGUCUAGACGAAAAUAUUAAACCCGUUGAAGCAGGAAAUCCUUACAAAGCUACUAGAAAUUCGUGUCAAGAAGAAUUAGCGUCAAACAAGAACAUGGAUCUAGCGAUUCCUAAAAUUGAUGUCAAGCAUGUAGCACCGCCACCACUAACACAACUAAAAACACAACCACCUAUCCAACAGAAGAGGAGUUCAUCACUGAAAAGAUUACAACAGUUGAAUAAAGAAGCAGUACUCCACGAUAAUGUUGAUGGUGAUGGUGAUGAUGAUGGCCGAGACGAUCUCGACAAACGGUGUAUAAAGGAAACGCAUAAUUUAUUUUAUGGAACACCGAAUGACUUAUGCAGUGAUUCUACGUCUUCUAAGAGUAAAACACAAUUCAGCAGAAAGGUGAACAAGAUUCAGAAGUCUGUUGGUGAUUCUUCACUGAAUGCUGAUGAUAUGUCGUCAUUGUCAAAUGGAAUUAUUGAGAACAACUCAACGAAAUGUACCGCUGAGAAAUACUCAACACAUUCAACCACCUCUACUAGAACUAAUACUACAGCUAGUAAUACUACCGCUAUGAGUACAAUUCAGUUGAAUUCUGAUAUAUACCAUUUAAUUUCACAAAUAAAAGUUAGCUAUAUGAAGGCUGAACGUCAUUUGAAUGAACUGAUCAACUGUAGUAGUAAUGCCAAGCAGAAGGAGGACGUGGUGGACGAGAAGAAGAAGAAUACCGCCAUUCAUGAUGAUGGGGAUCAUGAUGAUGCUUCUGCUGCCGCUGCUGCUGAUGACGAGGAUUGUGAAGAUGAUGAUGAAAAGUUAACGUAUUUAGCAACAUCAUGUGAUCAGUUGAAACAAUUUCUAGGUCAUUUGAAAGCUUAUCAUUUUCGUGUUAAUUCUAUGAAAUCAAUAUUAUUGACAAGAGCUGAUCCUAAUUACAAUUACAAUUACAAUAAUCAUAAUCAUGAUGCUGGUGAUCGUCGAGUUGGUGGAGGUAAUGGCGGUGCUGGUGCUGGCGAUAUAUUGCAUCAAUUGGAUGAUAUUUGGCAGAAAACAAUUAUCUCUACAAAACAUUGGAUUAGAAAGUUACAAUAUAAUUUUGUUUACGGGAAAAGUUUGAAGUAUUUAAUCAACGAUUUUGAAAGACAUUUGGAAUAUGCACAAGGUCGACUGCGUCAUCUGACCAGUAGAAACGAUGUGUUUUGGAAUAAAUCAUGCGUCAAUGACGAAGAAGAAGGAAGAUCUGUCCGUGGUAAAUUGUCAUUGACAACACUGUCGACAAGAGGAUCCCUUUCAUCAUUGUCAACAUCAUUAUUUCCCUCCGCCUCGUCAUCCUUACCUCCCUUAACAUCAAUCUCAUCCACAUCGUCUCUGUCGCCUUCAUCCUGUAUACGUCUAUUACGUACUAUUAAAUUACGUUUGACAAAUUGGCUUGGUUAUACAACUCUAUUACUAAUCCCUAUGGAGAGUGAUGAUACUACUGGAUCGUUCGUAGAACUAUUUAAAACUUCAAUCAAUUCAUUGGAUGAUGAUGAUGAUUGGAAUAUACAAGAUAACAAUACUACUACUACUAUAUUAAAGAUUGAUCUGAUCAACUUACAAGAACGCUUUUCAAGUUUACUAGAGACAAAUGAACGCCUACUCACUGAAUAUAUAUUAGCGUAUAAUUCAAUGAUUAGAAAUAAUCGACGGUUGAAAGCUAUUGAUCAUCAUCAACCUACCGAUGAAUUGUACUCCUCAAUGACAUCGUUAAAUAACACUACUACACUAAAAAGUUGUACGAAUUCACUCGAUUGUUCUACAGGCUCUUUACACCACUAUGAUGACCUUGAUAAUAAUAGAAACAAGAAGACGACGUUGAAGAUGGUGAAGAAGCAGGAGGAGGAGAAGGAGAAGGAGAAGAAUGAUAUUCAAAAUGAAAGUUAUAAUGAUGCUAAAGAUGAUUCAGCGAUCAAGUCGACUUCUUGUUUAAGUCUGAUAGAUUCGACAUACUCACAGUCGACUGUGGAUUCUUCUCUACACUAUCCAUGUUUACAGGAAAGUAAUCUUUCCAACGGAUCGGAUACUGAUGACAAUAUAGAAGAUUUGGUUUCAGUCACUUCACACUCUAGUGUCUCUAUGGUUUCUGAGUCAUCUGACGAGUUAACAAAUGUUUAUCAAACUACUGAAUCUUCUUGGGCAUCUGAAAUCACAACAACAACAACAGCCGCAGGAGAAGCAGGAGCAACGCAUAGUAUUCUAGGCUCAGAAAGUACAUCGAUUGGUGCUAGUGAAAGUACAAUUCAUAGUGUACACAGUUCUACACACAAUAAACGUUCUCAUAGAAAAUUUUAUCAUUUUCAAGAAGCUACUAAUACUUCUAAUACUACUACUUCUACUACUCCUAUGACUACAAUUAUAAAACCAUCUACUGAAGUUAUAUCUCAUCAACAUUUGAAUUUAAUUAAAUCAUCAAUAAAUGAAUAUCAUCCACAACGACAACGCCGACAACACCAACAACAACCAGAAGAAGGUGGAGAUGUCGACGACAAUGAAAUUCUUCCUUGUCUUAUAAAACAAUAUCAUGAUUUAUCAGAGAUAACAAAUACAACAACUAUAAUUGAUGAUUCUAUGAAUUCAUCAUUAACUUCUCCUAUCCUGCAUAAUAACUCAUCUUGUAUAACAAGAAGAAUGUAUUAUGAUACAACAUCUGCAACACUGUCCAUCACAUCAUCUUAUUCAAUAUAUUAUGAAAGAAUUAAACAAUUCUACGGUAAUAUAAUGCAUUUAAUAUUGAAUAGAACAACCUUGAACAUUGACAAUCAUUCCCCGCACAACAGUACUACUACUACUUCACUAUAUCAAAGUGUAUUUGAACGAUUCUAUCAGCAGUAUACGUUGUUACGUAAUCGUAUCAAUCUGAUUUAUGGUAAUCCAUCGGAGGAGUUAUUCCAGGCAUCAUCAUCAGCAGCAUUGCUUCAGACACCCUCCUCCUCCUCUUCCUCCUUCUUGUCAUUGACAUCGUUCUCAGAUGUUAUCUCUUUUAAUGCAGAAGAUAAUCUCGCGGGAAUUCAAUCGUCAUCAUCAUCAUCAUCACCAUCAUCGUUAUCGUUAUAUCGAAUAAAAUAUUUGCUGAAUCGCGUAAAGCGUCUAUUCAUAAGAUUUUUAGUCAUUUUAUUUAUUUUAUUUUUAUUAUUUUAUUUUAUCUGCUUAUUUAUCGAAGUUGCAUUUCCUUUAUCGCCUUCAUCGCCAUCAUCAUCAUCCUCGUCAUUGUCGAACUCUGUAAAGACCGACUAUGACGAGUAUUCAACAACAGCAACAACAACAACAACCAUAACAGUGACAGAUUGUAGGACAACCGCAUCAUUACUACAGAUCUUAUACUAUUCUAUUUUAUCUUUAUUUGAUGAAACUACUCAAAGUGAAUAUUAUUCACCAGGGAAUUCGUUGUCCUCUUCAUCUACUGAUGAUGUAAUGACUAGAACAUGGCCAGAUAAUGGACCACCAGUUUGAUGAGAAAAAAAAUAGAGACAAUGUGGGAGAGAGAUUUUUGAAAGUCCUACAGUGUAUGUUGUGCGUGAGUGUCAGUGUGUGUAUGUGGGUGUUUGUGUG